AUGACAGUUGCUCAAAGGAACAUAUCUAGAAAGGAAUCAGAGUGUUGGCUACAUGAAGAUGGAGAAAAACAGAGGUGCAGUGAAGCUAAGAAGGAAGAAGAAGAGAUUGAUGAGAGAUUGAAACAGAGAAAGCUUGCAAUAGAGGAGAUGGCAUUGAAGCUAGAGGCGAGUAUUACGGAAGUAGAAACGAGUUUGGUAAUGAUUAGAGAUUGGAAAACCAGAGGAAACAAGGUUAAACAAGAAGGUUCUACUUAA